AUGGCCAUUCACAGGGAGUCAUCCCUGCGCGAUGCAGUCGUCUCGGUUGGACUAGCCGCUAUGUCCAAUGUCACGCAGGACCGCGCCCUGUCGCUAGCGGCGCGGGAGAAGUAUGUGGCGACCAUUAACGUCGUCCAGAGGGCGGUGGAGAACCCCGAGAGUGCAAAUGUGAAUCAGACGUUCAAAAUCAUCUUAAUGUUAAGUCUGUACGAGAUGGUCUGUUGCACACCUAAUAGAAUUGACUCCUGGAUUGUCCAUUUGGAUGGAGUGGCGGCGCUGGCAAAACAAACUAGCUUUGAAGAUGCCAUGAAGAGUGACCACCCCCGCCCUCAACUGCAGUUCUACUUCAUUCUGAUUGUCAGAUAUUUCCUGACCCAGGGGGAAAUACCUUCCGAUCUGCUUGACUGGUCUCCCGGGUGCGUCCCCAGUGUAAAGCCGGAUGUGGCGCCCGCAGUCCGCCUGGUCGGUAUCUUGAUCCGCUUCAUGAAGCUACACUCUUCCAUUCAACACCAUCGAAAUCCCGACCCAGAAACGACUGCAGGCUCUGCACAGGCUUGCGACGCAGAACUAGAAAACUGGGAGAACCAGCUUCCCAGGAAAUGGAUGUUUUCUUUGAAUGAGUCGACCGACCUGCACAACACGUUUAAAGGGAAGUACCUGCUGUAUAACGAUAUGUGGGCGUCAAGGAUCCUCAACCACUAUUUUUGGGCGCGGUUGAUGGUGAAUGAGAUGAUCGCAUUGUAUUUAUCAAGAUUAGAAACCCCGACAUUAUAUGAUCUCCAACGGCGACAGCGAGCGCUGGACACGAUUUCGCGGAUGGCGACAUACAUUUGCGCUGGUGCGGCGAGUCAAAUGGGUGUCUUUGCCUGUCGGCUCCCACUUGGAGGGCUGAAGCACUUGCCGCCACUGAAUGGAGUGUUUAUGUUGAUGUUUCCACUGGCGGUUGCAGGGGGUGCUGCUGGAGCUCCCAAAGAAGUACACGAAUGGGUGCUUGAGACGCUCCAGAGGAUCGGGGAAACGAUGGGCAUACGGCGAGCCUUGGAGACGAUUCCCAUGCUCAACCAAGCCCGCGAGCGCAAAAUGAAAGAACUAACGACCGGAAAAUAG